AUGCGCUCCCGCGCGAAGGCGCUGCUGCUCUUCCUCCUCCUCGCGCUCCUCGGCGUCGCGAACGCGCAGUCGUCCGGCUCCGGCCGCGCGUCGUCGCCGUCGUCCGCGACGCGCGAUAAGCGAAAGUCGACGAAGCGAGCGGCGCCCGCGUCCGUCGACCCCACCGCGGUCGAGGUGGCGCCUGAGAAGGCGACCGACCCCGCGGAGGACGCGCCCACCGCGACGCCGACGCCGGAGCCCGCGUCCGCGGCGGUGGAGGUCGCGCCGGAACCCGAGCCCGAGCCCGAGCCCGAGCCGACGCCGACGCCGACGCCGACGCCGACCGCCGCGGCUGUCCCCGCGAAAUCGAAAUCGCCCGCGCCCGCCGAUCCCGCGAUCGAUCCGAACGCCCCGCCGCCGACGCCGAUCAAGAAGACCAAGCCGACGUACCGCGCGUUCCCGGGGCAAGAGCCCGGGAAGUGCGCGUACUGCAAAGCCGCCGCGCAUCGCCUGCAGACGUCCUUCUACGCCGCGCAUCGCGCGCACCACGACGACGACCACGAAGAGCUGGAGAAGGGGCGCGAGCAGAAGAAAAAAAUUCCCGACGACGCGCUCGCGAUGACCAUGAAGGGCGCGUGCGACGACGAAGACUACUGGUCGCACUACGCCGCGUUCAAUAUCGAGACCGGCGGCGUCGUCCUCGCCGGGCCCGGUUUGGACUGGGCCGUGAGCGAUCACCACGAGUCGACGCGCGUCGCGGGGAGUCACGCGAAGGAUUUAAAGUCGACGUGCGUCGCCGUCGCGGCGGAUGCGGAAAAGAAGGAUCACUUCUACGAGACGUUCUGGGCGAAGCACCUCGCGGGGUACGCGAGGAAGUGGUACUUUCAGGAGAAGUUUUGCGACGUCGCGUGCGCGGCGCCGCACGACGAGCUGUGA